AUGGCGCUGGCCAACGACGGCGUGUGCGUGGUUGACAUCAGCAAAGGCAGCCUCCGGAAAGACGUGGUCGAACAACUGCGGCAUUGCAUGGACAAACAAGUUAUGCCGGCCGCUGACAGACCCGAGCUGUCAGUCGCCACCCGUGGCUCUGUCUGGGCAUUCUUCACCUCUGAAAGCAGCAAGAGGUCUCUUCUCAAAGACGGUUCCGCGUGUCUCUUUCAAGAGCCGAGUCUUGAUCCCAGACUCUUGAGCAGUUUCGACAUAGUGCAUAGGCUUUCAGCAUUCGAGGGCAGAGAAGCAGAUCGGAGAUCAUCGGGGGAGCUUCUCGACAGCACGGAAGAACAUAACGCACCUGAAGUUGCCGAGACUCUGAAAGUGCACCUGCAGAGAGCGGGACUGCUGCCAAGCCCUCGCGUCACCCGGGAUGCAAGAGAAUUGCUGCAGGCCUACUACAUGCUGGUCCGUCGGUCGCAGUCUUUGGGCACUGAGAAUGCUUACGUGUCCUUAGCAACGCUUGAAAGCUUGAUGCGGGUCGCGAGCGCUAGCGCGAGGCUGUUUCUGCGAGUUGAGGUUCUGGAAAUGCCGGAUGCUACCCUCGCGAUCUUCAUGCACGAAAGGUCCUUGGAGGCAAAGUUUGGGGAAAAGGUCAUCAGCAGGACUUUCAAAUCCCGGCAGCGUGCGGCUCUGGGUGGAGCUCUGUCCGGACCACCGUCCAGCAUGGCCGUCGACUUUGAGCAGGAGCUGAUGGACUUCCACGACGACCUGGAAGACUACAUGGCACCGUUGGCCCUGCACAGGCCUGAAGAAUGA